ACGGUCACCGUGCCUCCCUCACAUGGUCACCGCGCCGGUCGAGCGCCCUAGGUAGCUUAGCUACGAACUAGCACAUCUGCCAUUCCUAUAAGUACAAGGGCGAGUCCCCUGGCUAAGCUAACGUAUCACUAUCAUAGCACUCAAAUCAGCUUAGAUUCCAGUAUCGAGAGCGUACGCGCGUUGUUCACAGCCCGGCAGCUACUUAUAUCAGCUCGCCGCCGGUCGAAGUGGGGGAAUACCAACCGAUCUCGCCAGGAAAUCGGACAAUCACGAUGGCGGCCGACGGUGCGCGCCGAGUCGCGCUGCUCUUCUUGCUCCUCUGCGGGGCAGCUGCCCGACAUGCUUCCGCCGGAGACGGCGCGCUGCUGAACGGCAACUUCGAGUACCCGCCCAACAGGUCCCAGAUGAACGGCACGACGGUGACGGGCGAGCACGCCAUCCCCUACUGGAGGAUCACCGGCCUCGUCGAGUACAUCGACUCCGGCAAGAGCCUGGGCCCCGGCGACAUGGUCCUGGCGGUGCCGGAGGGCGUGCACGCGCUGCGCCUCGGCAACGGCGCCUCCGUGCGGCAGCAGCUCAGCGUCACCCGCGGCGCCUACUACUCCGUCACAUUCAGCGCCUCGCGCACCUGCGCGCAGGCCGAGUGGCUCAACCUCUCCGCGGUCCCCAUUGGCGGCAACGAAGCCGCGACGCCGGCCAGCGACAUCCCCAUCCAGACCGUGUACAGCGCCAGCGGCUGGGACUCCUACGCCUGGGCCUUCCGCGCCGAGCGGGGCAUCGUCACCUUCGUCAUCCACCACGGCGACGAGGGCGUGGACGACCCGGCCUGCGGCCCCAUCGUCGACGCCGUCGCCAUCAAGAAGCUCCGCGCGCCUAGCGACACCGGGGGCGGCGGCGGAAACCUGCUGAGGAACGGGGACUUCGAGGAGGGGCCCUAUAUCAUCCCGGGGACGGCGUGCGGGGUGCUGGUGCCGCCCAUGGACGAGGACGAUGUGUCGCCGCUGCCGGGCUGGAUGGUCAUGUCCUACUCCAAGGUGGCCAAGUACGUCGACGCCGCGCACUACGCGGUGCCAGGCGGCGCGCGGGCCGUGGAGCUGGUGGUCGGCUCGGAGGUGGCGCUGGUGCAGGAGGUGGACACCGUGCCGGGAGCGGCGUGCAGGAUGGAGUUCUCCGUCGGGGAUGCCCGGGACGGGUGCGUGGCGUGCGCGCCAGAGCUGCCGCCCAUGCGCGUGGUGGCGGCGGCCACGGGGGCACAGGGGACGGUCACCGUCGAGUAUCCAUCCCGGGGCACGGGCGGGCACAUGCGCGGCAAGCUCGAGUUCACGGCGCAGGGGAACCGGACGAGAGUGGUGCUCUAUAGCUCGGGGUAUCAUACCAUGGCCGACACCACCGGCACGCUCUGUGGGCCCGUCGUCGACGACGUCUCGCUCGUUUGCGCUUGCAAGCCGCCGCCUACUCGCCGGCUGCUACGUCGCUAGCUAAUGCAUAUGCGCGCCCAACCGCACACAUUUUUUUAGCAUUGUGCCAGACUACUUGUAUGAUAUGCAUUUUGUAAUGUUCAGUAUCUUCUCUUCGGAGGUACUCCUUAAAACUGGUUUUGGUUGUAUGAGUAGAUAAAUAUGAGUCGUUCGAAGUCUUAUCGACUGGAUGCAUAAAUCUCAUAAGGAACUCUUUGAAAAUAUUUCAUUCUAAACUCAACCUGCCCAGUAUAAUUAGGAAUUUCCAAUAUGGCAAACAUAUAAACGGGGCUUUAUUAAGAGAUUAUCUUUAUAUGUGAGAUUGUACGCAAUCUAUCUUGUGUGUGUAAUCAAAUCAUCAAUCACCGAUGCUUUGUGAAAGAACACUUCGCCAUUUUGCACAUCAAGAAAGGCCGUUCCUUCCGCUGCGUUAUUACCACCUCACGCCGAGAGCAAGGAAUUAUUUUGUACACAUCCAAUGCCACCGU